ACGAAUCCCAGUCGGGUUCUGGGCGGGACCGCCACGGUGUUGCGGGCCGGGUGCGGCUCGGCGGUGGAGGACUCUCACUUCGUGUUCCAUCCCGGGCCGGACCCCGGGGCGGUGAGUGAUCUGGAGUAGACUACGGCUGCAGCCCGGGCGCUGCUGAGGGGCGUGGAUGGGGCUCGCCCGCCACCCCGUCGUUGUCCCUGACGGGUCCCCGCGCUCGCCUUUUGGAUCCCGCGGGUCUUGCUGAGGAGUGGGGAGAGGGAGCUGCGGUUUUCUCUGCCGGCGUCGGGAUAGCUCAUCCUCUUAAUCAAUGUUUUUGUUCCUCGGAGGUGGUCCUCUGGUACCAGUUUAGCCUUGCGACCCUCUGACCGCUGCACUCAGAUUAGGGCCUGCAGCACCGCGAGGGAGGAGAAUGGGUGUCAGCCCUACCCGUGCGGUCAUGUUCCUAUUAAUAAACCCAGUGAACAAACUAGUGCUUCUUACAAUGGCACUUAGUCACAGCACCUCCGCGCUCUAGGGCUUUUGAGGUCACCCGUACAGGAGGCAGGAGACUGGGUGGGAAACAGAGUUUCUCUAGCCGUGGCUAAGAACUCUCCAUCCCGCUCUCUCCUGCAGGUGGGCCCUGCUGUUGGGUUUUUUUAUGGGUGUAGAAAUAAAAUGUAUGCUCGAAACUCAUUACAGCUUUCACUUCCUAAUGAUAUUACUUUUGUUUGCUAAGGUUUUAAACCAGAGAGAUGAAAGGUCUUCCCACGGUUUUUAGGUUCUUAAAAACCCAACACUUUAUAAGUGACCAAUAGCAAUGUGUGUAAAUGCAUUAAUGUUUCCAUGAAAAGUGUUUGUGUGUAUGCUAGUAGCACCCAGGUGCUCUGAUUGGUGAGACAAAAGAUGUGAAAGAAUAAAACUUCCUCACCCCAAUCUGAUGCAGAGUUCUUUGUAGCAGGUUCAGGUUGCUGGCUGUAUUUGUUUCUGUUGGAAACUCUUUAAGUGGGAAAACAAACAAACAAAACUAACAUUAUCUUAUAUUUCUUUGUGACUCCUAAUGCCUUAAAACAUAUUAAGUACUGAGUAAAUUACUGAUUCAUCCAGUAACCUGAGCAUCUCCCCCCAAAUAAUUUUUUCAUGAUAGUAAUGUUAAUUUUAUGAAUGUGUUAAUGAUUGUUUUCAGCCCCUCCAGCUGUUUUGUGCUUCUCUGCAUUGAAUUUCACUUAAUUUUAUAGCUUGUCUAUGUUGUUUCUUUAAAUCCAUGUCUUUUAAAGUCCCACUUCUGACUGCAUUAAACCUUGAAAUAGAAUGAUACCUGGGGCAGUUCCCUUUGGGCUUCUGCAUAAUUUGUCCCUUGAAGUUGACACUAAAUCUACAAGCCAGGAAACGUCAGCUGUUCUCAUAACUAAUAUGAGUCUAAUUAAGUCCACAAUGUCCUACCUAGCUGAGAAAAAUGUAGUUGGAGAGAAUCCAAAGCUUUCCAGAAAUCAGGUCAUACCUGCAUACUCUCUCCUCUAUUCAUCUUGUCCAUCGUGGACAAUUUGUUCCUCAAAAAGUUAAUGUCUCCAAAAGACUGAGGGGUCUGCAGAUGUGUUUGGGAGGCCCAGGCCUCAUUUUGUGAAGAGAAAUUUGGCCAAAGGCAAGAUUAAAAUAAAACAGAAUAAGAAGAGCAUACCUUCUGUGGUUGACAGCACUUACCUCCGAGCUGUCUGGUCAGGGGGGUUUUGUUUGGGUAUGCUGAUGGCCGUAGUGGCUGUCUUUUGGUUUUGAGAUAAUGGUGAGACUAUCUAGAGAGCCCUUGAUGCAUACUGAGGUCUCUUGCUUUAGGAACUGAUGACCCUCAACGAUGUGGCUGGGGACUUCAGGGACGAGUGGGUUACCUGGACACUGCUUAAAGAGUCCUCUUCAGGAAUACCACCCAGCACAGUUAGAAGAAUGGGCUCUCAAGGGGAUUUCUCGACCAAGUGCAAUCUCCCAGCUAGAGCAGGAAGAAGAGCCAUGGGUCCUAUCACUCCAAAAUUUUGAGGCGAGGAAGAUCCUGAGGGAAAGUCACACAGACUUUAAGAAUCAGGUGGUAAAACUCGAUCAGAACAUUUCUGAAACAGCAAAACAACGUGGAACAUCCUCAGAAAAGGCCAAUAAAGAUAUUUCUCAUACUCCCUGUUGGGGAGGAAACUGGGAGAGGGGUCUUGAAUUAGAAGGGCAGCAUGGAACCCUUCCAGGAGAGGGCCAGCAGGAGCACUUUUCACAGGAGAAGGAAUUAAACAAGCUCCUGGAAGGAUAUAUAGGAGAGAAGCCAGUGUGUGCAGAAUGUGGAAAAAGCUUUAACCAGAGUUCUUAUCUCAUAAGACACCUAAGAACCCAUACUGGCGAGAGGCCUUAUAAAUGCAUGGAGUGUGGGAAAGGCUUCAAACAGAGUUCCGACCUUGUCACCCACCGCAGAACACACACAGGAGAGAAACCCUACCAAUGCCAUGGAUGUGAGAAAAAAUUCAGUGACAGCUCAACCCUCAUCAAACAUCAGAGAACCCACACAGGUGAGAGACCCCAUGAGUGCCCAGAGUGUGGGAAGACUUUUGGACGGAAGCCACACCUCAUAAUGCACCAAAGAACCCACACAGGAGAGAAGCCCUACACGUGCCUCGAAUGUCAUAAAAGCUUUAGUCGCAGCUCAAAUUUCAUCACCCACCAGAGGACCCACACAGGAGUGAAGCCUUACAGGUGUAAUGACUGUGGGGAGAGUUUCAGUCAGAGCUCGGAUUUGAUUAAGCACCAGCGAACCCACACGGGAGAACGGCCCUUUCAGUGCCCGGAGUGUGGGAAGGGCUUUAGAGACAGUUCCCAUUUCGUGGCUCACAUGAGCACUCACUCAGGAGAAAGGCCGUUCAGUUGUCCUCACUGCCAGAAAAGCUUCAGUCAGAGCUCACAUCUGGUCACGCACCAGAGGACACACACAGGUGAGAGACCUUUUACGUGCGACAGCUGCGGGAAAGGAUUUGCCGACAGCUCUGCCCUCAUCAAGCACCAGCGGAUCCACACAGGAGAAAGACCCUAUAAAUGUGGCGAGUGUGGGAAGAGCUUCAAUCAGAGCUCCCACUUCAUUACCCAUCAACGCAUCCACUUAGGAGACAGACCCUAUCGCUGUCCUGAAUGUGGCAAAACCUUCAAUCAGCGUUCCCAUUUUCUCACACACCAGAGAACACAUACAGGAGAAAAACCAUUUCACUGCAGUAAAUGUGACAAGAGCUUCCGACAGAAAGCACAUCUUUUAUGCCAUCAGAACACCCAUUUGAUCUAGGAAAUAGUCUUUAAUGGUUCUUCCCCUUCCUUCCAAAUUUCCAUUGCUAUUAUCUUUAAGUGCUCCAAAUAGAGAAGGCCUGAACCUGAGCGUCGGCGGCUCAAGUCGGACCCUGAUCUGUUCUCUUUUUUCUGUGCUUUAAUGACAAGGAUAAACCUAUAGGGUCCAAGUGAUGUUCUCAACACAAAAGGCAUCCCUUCAGCCGUUUUGACUGACUCUUAGACAGCAGAAUGUGAGUCUAAUGCUUGAUGCCUGGUUACUAAAAGAGAAGUGAGAUAAAUGUAGUCACAUUAUCAUCAUUAACGAUUAAUAUUUGAGAUCUUAUACAAAGCCCUUAAUAUGAUGCCUGGCCCUUAAAAGACACUCAGUAUAGGGUUGGUUGCUUUCAUCAGCCUUAUUACUCGAUGAGGAAUUUAUUCGUGCAGUCCCACAAGCCCAGAACUUGCAAGAAAUUGGACUGGAACUAGAAGAUUUGGGGUGUGAACACAUAGAUUGAAUAAAACAAAACACUCUCCUCAUCCAGUGCUAUGCAGGCAUUAGUCACCAGAUGUCUCACUGCCAUGACAAGACAAUUAUCAUAGAGGCUGUCUGCGGUCUUGUGACUUAGAGGCUGGAAGAGUGUCAGAAACUCUUGGUACAGCAGUGUAUGAGGUAAUCACCCUGGAGGUUUGCCGCAGUCUGAGGCAUAGAAAAUCUCCUGUGAUGAAUAAGCCAGAGGAACCUGGAAGAGGACUGUAAAGUUGCUGAGAGUGUUAAAUGAUAUUACAGGGGUCCUUCCUGCCAUUUAGCUGAAGGAGAUAACCCUUGUUCUGUAAUUUGCUGGGUCACUGGCCCUUUAGUUUUAAGUUAGUUUCAAAUCUCUGAUCCUUUCAGGGUCAUUCAUUUCAUGCACUGGUGUAGUCCUCUACGUAGCUGAAGAAAUUGAGGGACGGCCAUGUAUUGGAAGGAACACUGACCUUGUUGAGAAGGGGAGGCGUUCUUUGAGUCUUGGCCCCUUGACACCUGAUUUGGCCAAACUUUCCCCUUCUCUCAGGCCCUGCCUUACCUACCUCACAAGGUUGUUGUGAGGCUCUAAUACACAUACAGGUACAUGCACACACACACACACCCCGCACUUUGUUGUUAAACUAUAAAGUGUAAUAUCUCUAAAGUUUAAUGUGACAGUAUUGUUGCUAAUGUCU